GAAAUCAGCAUAGUUGCCUUGCACACUUCAAGAAGAUUCAAUACAAUAUUUCACGAAAAUGACCAGUUCGAAAUCUGUUUUAGUCAUUGCCAUUUGCGGACUAUUCGCAUUAGCCAUGGCACAUCCGUUAUUGGAAGAGUCAGCGCUGGGUGAUCAAGAUGCCACCGUUUAUCUUGUAGAUGACCAGAACUGGAUUGAAGGAGAUCCUUCAGAGCUGCUCGUACGUCAUGUGCGUUCACCUUCUUCUUCUGAGGAUUCAUCAAAGGAAGAAAAAGGCAGAGGCAGAGUUGAACUAAAAUACGAGGAGACGGAGAGAGGACGUGAGGGAAGUUUCAAGUACAAUCACAAUUUGCUAAAAAGCGACGACGACAGUUAUAGUAUCGACGCCUAUGCACAGGGCAGACGCAAUUAUGAUUGGAAUCAAAACGAUUUCCAGGGUGGGCUAGAAGGACGUUGGAAUUUUAAGGGUUAAUGAAAUCAUGUUGUAAAAUAUGUAACAAAUUAUUUAAAUAAAGGCUUGAGAAGCGCUGCUGAUUUCA